AGCGUGCUUUAAAUUCUACAUGAAGUUGUGGAACACUUGUUUCCUAGUCACGUUUUAAGCAUUACAAGAUUUGAGGGACUCAGAGUUACCUAUAAAUAGGCUAACUUUUCCCCCAUCUUAGCACCACACAAGAGCUGGGUAUUUAUAUUUACAAAUUUUCAGCAUCCCGUUUCUCUCUAGCUAGCUAGACAUGGAUAAAAGUCAUAAAACAAUGGUCAGUCGCCAUGAUUUUGGCAAAGAUUUUGCGUUUGGUGCUGCAUCAUCGGCUUAUCAGAUUGAAGGUGCUUGGAAUGUAGAUGGUAAAGGCAUGAGUAUUUGGGACUUUUACACACUGAAAGAACCUGGUAUCGUCGAGGAUGGUAGCAAUGGCUGUGUUGCUAUUGAACAUUAUAAUUUUUUCAAGGAAGAUGUGGCUUUGAUGAAGAAAAUAGGUUUGGAUUCUUACAGAUUUUCAAUUUCAUGGACUAGAAUUUUGCCAGGAGGAAGACUAUCAAAUGGCUUGAGCAAAGAAGGAAUUAAGUUCUAUAAUGAUCUUAUAGACGAACUCGUGGCUGCAGGCAUUAAGCCUUUUGUAACUCUCUUCCAUUGGGAUAUUCCCCAAUGUUUGGAAGAAGAAUAUGGGGGCUUCCUAAGUGAUAAAAUUGUGAAGGAUUAUUGCGAAUUUGCUGAGGUUUGCUUCUGGAAUUAUGGUGAUCGGGUGAAACAUUGGAUCACACUGAAUGAGCCAGCAUACUUUGCUAGUCAAGGAUAUGCAGAGGGCACUUGGCCCCCUUGUCGGGGUAAAAUUUCAGAAGAAGACGUUCAGCACAGAAUUUUAGCUCAUAGAAAUAUAGCUCAGCCUUUUGUUACAUCCAAGGAAGGAAAUCCGAGUACAGAACCGUAUAUAGUGGCACAUAAUUUGAUCAUUUCUCAUGCAGCAGCAGUUAAGAUAUACAGGGAAAAAUAUAAGGCAACUCAAAAUGGCAAGAUCGGGAUGACAAAUGUCGCAAUGUGGUAUGAGCCUCUCAAUGACAGUCAAGAGGACGAGACAGCAGCUUCUAGGGCAUUCGAUUUUCUGCUAGGAUGGUUUGUAGAACCAAUGAUGACUGGUCAAUAUCCACAAACUAUGAUAAAUAAUGUAGGAUACCGUCUUCCACGUUUUACUGAAGAACAGUCUCAAAUGGUGAAAGGAUCCUAUGACUUUUUAGGUGUAAACUAUUACACUGCCCGUUAUGUCACCAAUAGAACAAAGUCUGCACCUCCAAGUUACACAAAUGAUUCAAACGUGACAAUUUCAACUACUACGAGUCAUGGGAUCCCCAUUGGUGAUUUGGCUCCUGGUACGAUUUGGUUGUACGUUUACCCUCAGGGGAUUUACAAACUCCUUAUGAAAAUGAAGAAAAUCUAUGGUGGUAACAAGGAUGAUGAGCCGGUCAUUUACAUCACAGAAAAUGGGACGACCGACAAAAACGAUAAGAAGAAAACAAUCUCAGACUAUCUCCCAGAUAAAGAUAGAAUUAAAUAUCACAGUAUGCAUCUCCUCAACAUUAAGAAAGCAAUGGACGACGGUGUAAAUGUGAAGGGUUACUUCAUAUGGUCAUUGUUUGACAGUUUUGAAUGGAAUAGUGGAUACACUGUCAGAUUUGGCAUUUUUUAUGUCGAUUACUUGAAAGGAUAUUUCACAAGAUACCCGAAAAACUCAGCUAUAUGGUAUAUGAAUUUCCUGGAACCAACAGAACAAAAACCACCUUCAGGACUAACAUCUGGAGAAGGUCAACAAAAAUUACUGACGGAACAACCUGAAGAAACUCCAGAAGAAAGUCAAGGAUCUCAGAAAAGGCAAAGAAACAGCUAAACAAUUAGUGCUUCCUUUAUUUAUUCUGAAAUAAAUUAAUGUUAUGUUGAAUAAUGUGCUGCAGCUGUUCCUUUGAAUUUCCUUACUUUUCGAUUUUAUAUUGUACUCGUGUUCAAAUAAAUGGAGUCCCGCCAGCUCCAAGUCAAUCUCCCUGGUGGAUUGUUUAGUUUGUGCAAUAAAAUAUCUGGAACUGGCGUGUACCUGUUCUCUUAAUCUUUAGUAUAAA